AGGGAGCUCCUGCUCAUAAAUUAAAGGUCAAGUCUUGUUGUCUGUUGCAUGGAUGCUUCCAAGAGAGGAAACUAAAAUUUCCAAAGUUGAUUAAUUCAAAUCUGUCUUAAUUAACUUGUGUUUUCUAGCUUGAGAGAGACCAGAGCAGGGUCCCUUCAUCUUAUCUAUGCACUCCUGGUUUUACUACAUAUGCAAACUUCAAUUGGAUCCAAUUCAACAACAACUGAUGAUGGAGUUAAGUGCAUAAAGAGCGAAAGACAAGCUCUCCUCGCAUUUAAGCAAGGUCUGGUUGAUGAACAUGGGAGGCUUUCCUCAUGGGGCAGUGAAGAAGAGAAAAAGAAUUGCUGUGAAUGGGAAGGAGUUCAAUGUAGCAACACAACUGGGCACAUCACUAUGCUUAAUCUAACCACAUAUUUGUAUGACCGUCAUUUUAUCUUAAGAGGUAACCUUAGUCCUUCUCUCUUUAAGUUGCAGCAUUUGAUUUUUUUAGGCCUCAGUGGGAAUAAUUUCAACUUAAGCCACAUUCCAGAGUCUAUUGGUUCACUCAACAAAAUGCAACAUCUUGAUCUCUAUUAUUGUAAUCUAAGUGGAUCUCUUCCUAGUCAGCUUGCAAACCUCACAAAUCUGCAAUAUCUUGAUCUUAGCUAUAACAAAUUCAACAUCCAAAGUCUUGUGUGGCUCUAUCAUCUUUCAUACUUGCAGUACCUUCGUCUGGGUGGAAAUGACCUUAGUAAGUAUUUCCCCAUAAUUAACACUUCUAGUACUUCUGUCGUUCACCUUGAUCUAGGAAGCAACAAUUUGACUGCUUCCACAUUCCAAUGGUUGUUCAACUUUAGCAACAGCCUUGUUAGUCUCGACUUGAGUUCUAAUCAAUUUCGAGGUCCAAUUCCAGAAACUUUUAGUUGCAUGACUCUCCUAGAGGAGCUAUUGUUCUCGAAUAAUCAAUUGGAAGGGGGGAUUCCAAAAUCCUUUGGGAACCUGUGCAAAUUAAGGUACCUAUACCUAUAUGAUAACUAUCUUGAUGGAAUCCUUCUUGAACUCAUUGGUAACUUAUCUGGAUGUCUACAACUCUCCUUGGAAGAAUUGUAUUUGGGUAAAAAUAAAAUUAGGGGACCCUUGCCUGAUAUGAUAAAAAACUUCCGCUCAUUGAGAGUGCUGGGACUUUUCAAGACUCAACUAAGCGGUGCUAUACCCAAAAGUAUUAGACUACUGUCAAACCUUGUGGAGAUUUAUAUUUCUUCCAAUUCUUUGAAUGGGACUAUUAGAGAAUCACACUUUUCAACACUAUCUAAGUUACGGGGGUUGAGCAUGUCUUCUAAUUCUUUGAGCAUCAACUUUAGCAAUGACUGGAUUCCUCCAUUCCAAUUGGAGUGGAUGGUUCUUAGGUUGUGCAAGUUAGGCCCAAAGUUUCCGAGCUGGUUAAAGUCCCAGAGAAAUUUUUCUUACCUUGAUAUCUCUGGAAGUGAGAUUUCAGAUAGCAUCCCAAAGUGGUUUUGGAACCUAUCUUCUAGAGUAUGUCAUCUGAAUCUUUCUUCCAACCAUAUCUAUGGAAUUUUGCCAGAUUUGUCAACACAAAUUUCUAAUUCUUUUGGCCUUGGGAUAGAUUUGAGUGAAAAUAAGUUGGAGGGUCCAUUACCAGUAUUCCCUGUUAAUGUCACAUCCAUAAGCCUGUCAAAAAAUAGGUUCAAUGGUUCAAUUUCCUCUCUCUGUACUAUAAGUGGUGGGAAACUUCAGUUCCUUGAUGUUUCGCACAAUCAACUAUUCGGAAAGCUUCCUGAUUGCAUGAUGCAAUGGACAAGUCUAGUGAUUCUGAAUUUGGCUAAUAAUCAUUUAUUUGGGAAAAUUCCAAGCUCUAUUGGAUCGUUGUAUCAUCUUGAAUCGUUGGGUUUGCAAAACAACAGUUUCUCUGGAGAAAUACCUCGUGGAGACAUUCCCUUGCAGCUAUGCUGGUUGACAAAUCUUACGCUGCUAGACCUCUCCAACAACAAUCUAUCUGGAAACAUACCAUCAUGCAUCCAUAAUCUGACUACAUUAGCUCAACAGAAGAGUUCAGCCCAUGAUCAUUAUUUUACAGAUUCACAUCGUGAUGCUAAUUCCGAGUACAGUGGAAGCUAUGCUGACAAAGCAUCUGUAAUGUGGAAAGGAAUGGAGCGUGAUUAUGAGAAUGGAAAUCUCAAGACUUUGAAGAUUAUUGAUCUUUCAAGCAACAACUUAACCGGAGUGAUUCCAGUCCAUAUAUCAGUUCUCUUCGAACUAGUUGAAUUGAACUUAUCGAGAAAUCAGUUGACAGGAAGUAUUCCUUCAGAUAUAGGGCAGAUGAGACAAUUAGAAUCACUCGAUCUGUCACUGAACCAGCUUUCAGGUCAUCUUCCAGGGAGCAUGUCCCAAUUAAAUUUCCUCAGCAUUUUGAAUCUGUCAUACAACAACUUUUCAGGGAGAAUCCCAUUAUCAACCCAGAUGCAGUCCUUUGAUGCUUAUUCAUUUGUCGGUAAUCCUGCACUCUGUGGGCUUCCUCUAACACCAACUUACCCAGAUGAUGAAAAAUCAGAGGACAAACCAAAAAACAGAGACAUAGCUGAAUUCUGGCAAUGGUUUAAACUGGGUAUGGAACAUGGAGUGGCCAUCGGCUUUGUGGGAGUUCUGGUUGUGAAGUUAGAUCAUCCAUGGAAACAUCUCUGUUUCCUGUUGUUCAACAACAUGAAGAUUAGAAGGGCUGUUGGACUCAAUUCAACAGCUGUAGAUCAUGAAGUUAGGUGCAUAGAGAGGAAAAGACAAGUAUUUCUUGCAUUUAAUCAAGGUUUGGUUGAUGACUAUGGUGUGCUUUCCUCCUGGGGAAGUGAAGAAGAGAAAAGGGAUUUUUGCAAACGGAGAGGAGUUCAGUGUAGCAAAGCAACUAGGCGUGUAAUUGAGCUUAUUCUUCAGGAUUGCUCUUUAAGAGGUAAGUCAUGUCCUUUCCUGUUUGAGUUGCAGAGUUUUAGAUAAUGGUGGAAUUGGGGGAGUCCUAUCUGAUCGGAUAACAAACUUCUCAUUGUUGAGAGAGUUGUCCCUUGGAAGUAAUAAUGUGAGUGGUACUGUGACCAAAAAUAUCAAACUCCUUUCAAAUCUUGCGUCGUUUGAACUUUCUUUCAAUUCGUUUGAUGGGUAAUCGCUGAAGAACACUUCUCAACAUAAUUUGAGUUAGGGACUUUGGACCUGACUUCUAAUCCCUUCUUGACUGUAACUGGCCUAUAGUUAAUUGUUCAGAGCCACAUUGUUCAUAUUAGAUUGGUGUGUUUAGAUGGCUUGUUUAUUUUGUUUUAUAUUAUGUACUAGUUUGUAAUUAGUUUCUUGAAAUUGAGAUGCAAUCUGAAUUCUGUAGAUUUUAAAUCAACCAAUUUUGAUGCA